AUGUCCGAGUCCGAGGAAGUGGUGAGAGGAGAGCAGAGAGACGGCAACAAGAGGAAGAAAAAGAAGAGGAAGGAAAAGAAGAAGGACAUAGAGGAGGAAGAGGAGAAACGGGAAGAAGGCCAGAUAAAGGAGGAGGAGAGUGAGAGUGUGUUGCUGCAUGGCAUCUUCAAAGUGGGGAAGAAGAGUCAUGAUGUCCUGCUUACAAAAACCAGACUGACCUGGACUCCAAUCAUUCCUGAGACCCCCACAGGUGACGCCAACCUGCUGCAGCCGGGUGUGAUGUUGCUGGAGGACGUAUUCGCAGUGAAAGUGAAGCGGCGGCGAGCAGCGGGCCAGCAGUCGGGCGGCCCCGUGCUCGGCAUGGCUCUGUUCUGCUGCCGGAGGAGGGGGCAGAAACUGGAGGAGGACACGCUGCACCUGCACAACGCCUCUGCCGAGCACACACACACCUGGUAUAACACGAUAAAGGAGCUGCUCACAGGGUUCAGCAGUCGUCCGAAGCGUCUAAAGGUCUUCAUCAACCCCAGCAGCCAUAAGAAAGAGGCCGUGCACAUCUACAGAGAGCAUGUGGCUCCUCUUUUCAAGAUGGCCGACGUCCAGACCGACAUCACAGUAACCGAGAGGAAGGGCCAUGCUCUCUCUGUGAUGAAGGAAUGCAAACUGGACGAAUUUGAUGGGGUGGUGUGUGUUGGCGGGGAUGGGUCGGUGGCAGAGCUGUGCCACGCUCUGGUCCUCAGAGCUCAGCUGGAUGCAAACUCUCCAGAAAAGCCAGUGAAAUCAGUUCUGCCUCUCGGAAUCGUGCCCGCUGGUUCUACAGAUGUGGUUUCCUGCUCUGUUCAUGGCGUGAGAGAUCCUGUCACCGCAGCCCUUCACAUCGUCCUGGGUCACCUGCAGCAGGUGGACAUGUGCAGCUUCACGGCUCUCGGCCAGUUGGUCCGUUUCGGGUUCUCCGCCAUGUUCGGCUUCGGUGGACGGACCUUAGCGCGUGCAGAGAAAAGGAGAUGGAUGCCAUCAUCACGCCGCAGAGAAUAUGCCCUGGUGAAGACGCUGGCCAGGCUCAGGCCAGAGGACUGUCAGCUGUCUUAUUUACCAGCGAAGAAGUCAAACUGCAGUUUGUUUGGCCCUCGAGACCAGGAUCAAGACCAGGACCCAGAGCCGGAGGGGAAGGAGUCUUGGACAACGAACCGGGGACAAUACCUGAGCAUCAGCGUCAUGUCCGUCCCUUGCUUGAGUCCACACGUACCUCGAGGGCUGGCUCCAAACACCAGCUUGGCCAAUGGCAGCGCUUCACUGAUCGCGGUGAGCAACGCGUCCAGGUCGGAUUUCAUCAAACACCUGAAGAGAUACGGCAGCUCUAGCGGACAGUUCAACUUCUCCUUCGUGGAGACGCAUGACGUGUCGGCCGUGAGGAUCCGGCCACACUCCCUGGUCAGCUGGUCUGAGGGGGAGAGCGAAGAGGAGGCCGACUCCAAAAGCACGCCCAUCAUCCCGUCAGAGGGGGGGGUCGCCUUUCCGUGGAACAUCGACGGAGAGCUGGUGGAGAUGGCCAACGAAGUGCUCAUCAGGGUCCACCCGGGACUCAUGACCCUGUACGGGGAGGAGGUGGAGGAGGCGGAGUCGGCCGUGUCCUGCAGCUGCAUCUGA